AUGGCUUUCAGCCUCCUGUUGCUGGCUCAAGCUGCACCUUCAACCAGUGCAAGCCUGAACGCCAACGAACCCGCCCAAGCGGUUCCCCUCACCGUUGACCAACUGGACCACAACGCCAAGAUCCUCACCACCAUGGUCGAACUCAACGACUUGUCGGCCUUCUACGACGACAUGAUCAGAAUCGAGGACCUGAACAACACCCUGAUCGUCGUUACGGGCCCGGAACUACUCCACGUCGCAACCCUCGAGGGUCCUGUUGCCGAUGAGUUGAACCAGCGGCGCAUCUACAAGCCGUUCGCUGCUGGAGCCGGUGCGCACGAGGAUACCAGCGCGGUCGAGGGUGCGGAUCUUUCUGCGCAGAUCUGUGACGCCAGCUGUCUCUUCAGUUCUAGCCAGUGCAAGCAGAAUGGCUGCACCUUUUGCCUCGCCUUGUGGUGGGUGUAA